AUGGCCCUGGCGAGGCACGUGACGGCGUACACGGCUGCCGCUGUCUGGAUGCUCACGACGGGCCUCUACAACCCGCAGAGCUGGCAGCCCUGGCGGGUGGCUUUCGCGCGCGAGGCGCUGCAGAAUUUUGACGUGGUGGCACGGCCUGGCACUCAGCAGCGCCAGAGAGACGCGAUCCCCGUCACGGCCACUAGCACGAUGAGGCACGUGGUUCUCGACGGGAGCUGGCGCAGUGGACGGCUCACUGACAAGAGCUGCGGUAUCACGAUCAUGAUUGGUAGGAGCGUCAGCAACCAUGUCCGCCAGGUACUCAGCUCGCCGCCGAAGAUUGGCAUCACUGAGCGGGCGGGAGGUCUCAAGCUGACGAUGACGCGGACCCCGAUGCUGGGCGGCGGGGUCUACCUCACGCCGUACGGCACCCAGGAGGAGCGUACGAGGGCCAUGCAGCGCAUCUCACAUUGGAUCAACGACGAGGAGGCGGAGGCGGGCAACAAGGACCUGGAGGUGAUCGCUUGGGACAUGCAGCUGGAUUUCAAUGACAUAGACGAGGUGGCUGGACGUCAUGGACGGAGGUGGGCGGCUACGUACUACCUUACCGCGGCCAACACGCACUCCCUUCCGCUCGACAGCUACUACGGAUCGGAGCAGACCAGCUGGAAAGAUCAAGUGAUUGUUCCGCCCACGGCCAUGGGGGCAGUGCCGAAGAUCAGGAUGCAUCACUACCUGAUGCGCACGCUCUUAUCAUUCCCGACGGCUGAGCUUCGCUAUCGGUACCUGACUGAGGCCCACAUCAUUUACGAGCUGAGUUACUGGCUGCUGCGGGGCGCCAUGGCAAGGGCGGAUCGGGACUCCCUCAUGAUCCGCUUGACGAAGGGCGAGCGGAGGCACGAGCUAGGCGAGAAGGUUGAGAACGAGCUGAGCGCCGCUGAUGCCGAGAGGAACCGCUCCGACUCCUACCCCACCUGCGAGACCAAAUACCAUCUCUUCAUUAAGGCGAUUCGCGACAUCAAGAUCUCGUUCUUCCCGCCCACGAGGACGCUGGACAACGAGUACGAGUUUUUGGUGGAAGAGAGGGUUCAGGCUCUGCGAGCUGUGGCGCACGUGGCACAUGAACUUGCAGAGAUGCAGGCUCGACGGGAUGACACAGGCCACCACUAUCCCGAGCGCGCCGAGAGGGGUGCAGAAGAGCGGCUACGGCGUCUCACAUGCGAGUGCAAGGCGCGCUGCGAGGCCCAUCAGGGCCACAUUUACUACGAGCGGAUCGAAGAGCUGAGGGACGAGGCCAACUGCAUGCUGGGCGCUGAGGAGUGGAAGCAGGAGAUGGCCAUGGAAGGAGUUGGGGGCGGCAUGCGCGUGCUGACGACCUACUGGGACCAGGAGGGCGGCAUGAAGAAGAAGAAGCUCGCGACCGAUUGUGGCACGGGUCUCGCCGCCGCCAGCUUCGGCGGGGUCUCCGACGCGAUGGUCACCAGGCUGCAGGGGGUGCUGAACACGUUGCAGGGGCAGCGCAGACUGGAGGGGGCAGUCCUCGACUUCUGCCUGGAGCCAGUGAACAGCGGCACGGUGGAUGCGGCGGAGACGAGCGGGAAGGAGUACAACGAUGCGGUGGAGUCCAAGACGCUCACUCAGCAGGAGCUCGGCAGCCCGCGCGAGCAGAUCGAGAAGAAGAAGAGAGUGAUCAACAAGCUGGCCAACGCAGACAGGAGCAAAGGGCAGCAGGUCAGGCUGGCGCAGGGCAUGCGGUCAAUCAUGAACACGGCACUGGAGGAGAGCCCAGCGAUCAAGGGCGAGCUCUUCAAGGGGCGCAUGUCCAAGCGCGCGAGGUUCGACGAGCAUGAGCAGAUGACGAUGGCCAUCAGCCCGCAAGUGCAGCUACCGCCCAAAUGGCUGGGCAAGCACGGCGAGGGAAAGAAGAAGGCGAACGAGGAGACGUUCAGGGAGAGCGACGUGGAGGGGACGCGGCGUCUGGCCGACAUGCCGCUGGCGUCGACUCUCGUCAGGGACGUGCGGACGCUGCUCAUUGCCAUGCUGGAGGCCGAGGGGGCGGUGCGUGUCGACGGGCAGGUCCAGGCUCGAGCGCGAUCUGCAGAAGGAUAUGGGCCAGAGCAUGAAGCCGAGCUGAAGGCCCGUCGGCAGCAGGCGGCCAGUGAGACCGCGAUGGUCGCUGCGACUGGCAGCGAGCGUGAAAGUGAACUUCUGAGGGCCCUGGAGAGCAGGGUUAGCCCGACUGGGGUCGCUCCGAAGGAGAGCCCGCAGUCGGACGUGAUGCACUGCGGGUCCCCCACACCCCCAGGCUGUUCGGCGGGUUCUGGCCCUGGCGGCUCCGUCUAA